AUAGGGUUAUUAGAUCAACCAAGUGUUAUAAAUUACUUUCUAAUAAAGUUGAAAUCAAUCACGCCUUUAAGUUGCUGACGGCUUUUGUUCGUCCUGUGCGAAUAAAAGAUUCUUUAGAAGAGAUAAGAGCCCCUGGAAAGUUAAGUUAUCAUAAAGAAAAGCGCCGUAACUUUCUUAACUUUUUAAAAACCCAAGUAAGAAAAGGUUAUCGAAUAUAAUCUUUUCACCUUCAUUGUGUUGUUAAUAUGUAUGAGUUUUAUGAAGGCGCUUUAAAAACUAAAGAAAAUUUUGUAGAAAUGUUUAGACAAGCCACACUCCAAGAUUUGGGAGCGGAAACUGUAGUUUGGCUUUUGUCCUACUUUUAUCAAUAUUCAACUUUUAAACCAGACUCCACGGUCUACGGCAUACUCAUCGCUUAUUUGUCCAAAACGAGCCACUUUUCACAAGUACUGUACCUCCUUCAAGUUAUGAAAGAAAAAGAUAUAAAAAUGAACGAAGUUUUGUAUACCAAUGCAAUGGUUGCCUGCCUUCACGGAAAUAAUUAUGAAGGCGCCUUGCAACUUUUUGAGGAGGCCCGUCAAUGUCCUGAUAUUCAGUUGAAUCAUUUUCUUUAUACUAAUGCACUUGUUGCUUUUAUGCGAAGCGGACAAUACCAAAAAGCUCUGGACGUAUACGAACAAAUGAAGCAGAAUUCUUUGCAAAUCAACAAAGUAACAGCCUCUAACGUGGCUCUGGCCCAUGCAAGAAUGGGAAAUUGGAAGGCUGCUUUAAACUUUCUCAUUGAGUGCAAGUCUGGCAACGCCUUUGAGGUAGAUGAAGCCUUCUAUAAUAUUGCUGUGCACGUAUGCUCGAUAGGGAAACGUUCUGAUUAUGCUAAACUUCUAAUUAAUCAAAUGGAACAAAAAAAAAUAACACCGACAAUUAUAACUUAUACUGGGCUUUUGCAGUGUUUUAUCAACGAAAAUAAUUUUAAAGCAUCUCUAAAACUUUUUGAAGCCAUAGAAAAAUCAACUCAAAUAUCACUGGAUGUAAAAUUUGUCAAUACUUUUUUGGAAUUCUGUAGACAUAGAGAAUAUUGGAAAGUCAGCUAUGAUAUAUUUAAGCGCGUACUAUCAAGGAAACCAAGUUGCACGCCGAACAUUAAACAGUGAAGUAGUCGGGCGCUCCUUUUUCUUAUAUCUUGUGAGAGGUUUAGGUGUCGCCGCCGUAAUUCCACUU